UUGUAGUGGACUGUGAGUGGGGCUUUACCGAAGCCGGUUAUGGCGGCUGUGUGUGAACUUCCAUGAACCGAGAAAUAGCACAGCGGUUGUGGACCGAGAGGGCGAGGAAGGUGCUUGGUCAUGGCUGGAGUGUUUGAUAUCGACCUGUGGUAGCUUUGACUUGUGGGGAGCUUUUCAUGCAGCUUGAAAGAGAGGGGAUCUUCAUGGAAGACACAGCGUGGGCCCCAGAGAUCCUGCUGAGGAGUGGUCAUAACCGAGCUGUGGACUGGUGGAGUUUGGGGGCCCCAGAGAUCCUGCUGAGGAGUGGUCAUAACCGAACUGUGGACUGGUGGAGUUUGGGGGCUCUGAUGUAUGACAUGCGCACAGGUGUGCCACCUUUUACUGCUGAGAAUCGGAAAAAGACCAUCGACAAAAUACUCAAGUGCAAAGUCAACCUUCCACCUUACCUCACUCGAGAAGCACGGGACCUUCUUAAAAAGCUGCUAAAAAGAAAUGCUUCAUUAAGGCUUGGUGCUGGACCAGGAGAUGCAGUUGAAGUGCAGCAGUCAGCAGAUGAUGUAAGCCAGUUCGACUCCAAAUUCACCACCCAAACUCCUGUAGACAGUCCUGAUGACUCCACACUCAGUGAAAGUGCCAACCAAGUCUUCCUGGGCUUCACGUGUGUAGCUCCGUCUGUGCUUGAAAACAUUAAGGAGAAGUUCUCAGUCGAGCCAAAAAUCUCGUCGCGCAAGUUUCCAGGAAGUCCGAGAACACCAGUGAAUCCUGUGAACGGUGCAGGGGAUGAAUGUUGGCACCAAGGCCCCAGCUUUCCUGAAGGAACGUCCUCCUCUCUUCUGCCCCCUGGUGACCAGCCAAUGGAAGUGUCAAGUGUAGAACAGAUGGACGUGAGAGCUAGCAGUGAAGCUUCUGCCCCUCUCACCAUCAGACAGCCUAUAUGCUCAGCCAUAGAAUCAUUAAAAAAAGGCCCACCCAGUGCCCUCCAAAUGGCCAAUGGCGAAUAAAGUGUGAUAAAAAACGGCCAGAGCACCUGCGAA